GAAAGCGCGACUACGAGCCAGCGCUAGGUCUUUCUGCAAGCAAGGCACAUGUACUUCUUGGGAAUCCACCAUUGUUAUUGGGAUCGGCCGACGUAAAUUAGCGUUGUUUUGCAAUACGAUUUUCCGUCAAGAGGAAGGAAUUACGAUCGUGUGAAAAAAAAUUAUUUACCCGUGGACAUUUGGACUGUCAGUGAAGACUUUAUUUUGGUGGAAUCAGGGGUUAUUAUUGGAUUUAUAAGGCAAUGUCUGCGGCGGCAGGAGUUGAACAGAAACCAAGAAGCCAGAGGAGUCAAGUACAAAAUGGACCGAUAAACCCCAAGGAGAAUGUUGGUGAAGGAGAACUAGAACGCUACAUGCAGUCCAACCAGCCCGCCCAUCAGGGGUACUCGUCAGCGCCCAGUAUGGCUGCACAGGAUUCCUACAUGCCAGCAACGUACUACCAGUCACCUUACUCCUUCCCUUCGUACUCUAUCCCUGGAACUGAAACGACCUGGUCGACAGGUGGAGACACCUUUAACAAUUUUAACUACACAAACUAUGAGUCGAACUAUGCUGCCCCAACGGACUACUACAACCAACCUGGCACAACCCCUCCCUACUUGAACCAGACCUUCAACUUUUUCCCUCCCAAUGCAGACUUUAUGCCGGGGACCUGGGCUAAUAAUUCUGCACCUGCUGCCCAGCCCCAGGGAACAGCUCGCACCCAGCCCCAGGCCCAGGCACCGACUGCCUCUUAUUAUGACUACCCCAGGUAUCAGGCUAAUCCGAACUCGAUGACCGGUCAGCGGAACUACAGCCAGGGUUUGAAUGGACUUGACGCGCAGGAUGGUAAAGCCCAUGGGAUGAAGGCAAUGGAACUGGGAAUGUCUGGACUGAACAUCGGUGCUCCCAUGGAUAAGACUGCUAUGAAUGUUGCUGGACGGGAAGUUCUGAAGCAGGAUGUGAUUCCUCCCAAGCCCCAAGCGCCCAGCUUCUCUCAGGCUCUGGCUGGGGCAGGAGGAACUGCACAGCCCCCUCCUCAGAACACAGCAGUGCCAAAGCAAACAUCGUGGGCCUCUAUCGUUAGUAAGCCUGCAAAGCCGCAGCCCAAGAAGACGACAAAGACCGGAUCCCAUGCUCCUGUACCUACUCAGCUUCCAACAAUGAAGCCCCCUAUGACUAUUGGAACUUGGAACAAUGGCGACAAGACUGGUAAUCCUCCUAAGCCAGCCGGCACUGCUACCACCAUGCCCUCUCCCCCUCAAAACCAAGCCCAACCGCAACCUCCUGCUGCCAUCCCUCCUCAGCAGCAUGCCCAGUUGCAACCCCAGCAACCUCCCAUGCAACCCCCGCAGCAGCAGAUCCCUGUUCACCCUCAACCACAAGUGCAACAUGUCCAGCCUCAGCCAGUUGCCAAGAUUGAGGUUUCUCAGCCUCCUCUCACUGCGGCUCAGACUGUGUCCCAGCAAAAGCCGGUGCUGCCGACGAGUGACGUUCCACGAAGGGGACCUCAGGCUGUUGUGCAACCCCAACCCCAGCAACCGAGAGUGUGGGACUCAAACGGACAGAAUCGCGGCUAUGGACAGAGAUCUACUAACCAAAGCAGUACCGCGGGUCUGGCACCCAUUACUGGUGUGCCGGGCCAGAAAAGUGAUACGGAUCACCCGGUGUUGGAGAAAUUACGUUCUAUCAAUGACUAUAACCCAACUGACUUUACACUUGACCUUAAGAACUCACGAAUCUUCAUCAUCAAAAGCUACUCAGAAGACGACAUCCAUCGCUCCAUCAAGUACGGUAUCUGGUGCAGCACCGAGCAUGGCAACAAGCGCUUGGAUGCUGCUAUGCGGGAACGCCAAAGUAAAGGUCCUGUGUACCUAAUUUACAGUGUAAACGGUAGUGGGCAUUUCUGUGGCGUGGCAGAAAUGAUGUCUGAGGUGGACUACACAACCAACACUGGUGUGUGGGCCCAGGACAAGUGGAAGGGUCGCUUUGAUGUGCGGUGGGUAUAUGUGAAGGACGUUCCGAACAGCCAGCUUCGGCACAUACGGCUGGAGAACAAUGAUAACAAGCCUGUGACCAACUCGCGUGACACUCAGGAAGUGUUAUUGGACAAAGCCAAGCAGGUGAUGAAGAUCAUUCACAAUUUCAAGCACACCACCUCCAUCUUCGAUGAUUUCAGCCACUAUGAGAAACGGCAAGAGGAGGACUCUAACCGAAGGGUUGACACCCGUAGCAGCCGACGUGGAGGGCACCGAAACUAAAUCCCCUUGGAGAGCGAGGUUUGUAAUGAUGACUGUCAGCUAAUUUUUGCAGAGUCGUCAUGGAAUACGUCAUGCUUAAAAGGAAAAUUAUUAUAAAAAAAACAACCUAUCAUCUAGGGUUUAGAAAUCUGCUACACUUGUAAUUGCUAAGAAAAAAAUUAUUGAAAAUUAUCUGAUGCGCAGGAAAACAUUGAAUAAAGUCCGGUCUGUAUUUUGCUUUCAGUGAUAUGGAAAGGCUUAUGCUAUUGGCCCCCGUUCAUAAAGGAGGAAGGAUAUGUUUAUUUGCCAUUGUGAAAGGAAGAUGCGGAUGCAAAGCUUUGAGAUGCAUAAUUUGGAGGAAGUUUGGUUCUGAAGAAAGGUGCUAGAUUGUGGAGACUCUGUCCAAGAUGGCUGUCGAGUUCCUUUCAGAAAACCGCGAUAUUUAAUGCCAAUUGAUGUAUUUGGGACUACGGGGUUCUCAUAUGAGAUGGUGGUUUAAAAAAACAGCAAUGUUUGGAAAUUUCAGCACGGAGAAGAGCAUGCGAGGGAGCGAUCACUUCAAUGAACUACAAAGAGUCGGCUAUUUCAUAUAUUUGACAAUUACAAGGAAUCGUGUUACUUCUGCUGUUGCGUCUCGGAAGCUUCUUUGGAAAGAAUAAAGCGAAAAAAACAAAACGUAUCAUAUAUCCAGUCAUUCUGGUAGAACCAGUACCUUGGCUACAUUGUGACAAAAAAGACAUUUUAAAAGAGGCACCACUUGAUUUUUCAGUUUUAUUUUCUUGUGAAACUUGUACCCAAAUAUCAGUAGCCAGUGUUGAUGUUGGUGGUGUCCACUCUUAUAUUCGACCUGAACGUUUGUGUCAGUUAUGCCGAACAAGAACUAGACAUUGUACUUACGAAAUGGACAGUACAUUAACAGACCUUGUUUUAAAAGACAAUUGAUGUUUAAGAGACACUUUGCAACGACAAAAAACACAAAAAGACCAACGUGACAUGGAUUGGAUGAAGCAUCGAGGAAAAGAAAUGGUGUGACGAUAUUUACUGCAAUGGCUUUGUGCAAGAUUCACAUGAUAGUGUUGGAAGUGUGACGCUCUGAACAACCAGUACCGGGCUACUUCAUCUGUAGAAUACACUCCUUGUCUUGUUUUCUCCGUUUGUCCAUGAUAUGUUCCAAGUAAUUUUCUGUUUUUUGUUCACUGUCAAAUGAGGAAAUUUGAUGCAUUAGCUGUGUUAUAAUCACUCUUGGUCACCUGGUGUUUCUCCAUAAUGAAUAUUUUUUCCAAAUCACAGAUUCCUAAAUUGUUAAUUAAACCAUGAAAGGGUUUACAUUAACCCUGUAGCUACUCACGUAAGUCCAGCCAUACCUAGAAAAUAAAAAGAAAAGAUCCUUUUUCAGUCGUUAAUUUGAAAUUUUGAAUAAUGAAUUGUAAUGAAUAUUUCUUUAAGAAAUUGAUUCCAAUUGAAUUGUAUGAUUUCACCUUGUCUUUAGGUUCUUGUAGUGCAAUGGAAUUCCACUAACCACCAAUUUCAAUUUCAAAUUCUUCUGAAGAAUUUUUAUUCUUAAAAAGAAUUUUCAAAGCCUAGUGGAAGUAUUUGUGAUGAGUUUUGGGGAUUUAUACCACGAGGGAUCUCUAAUUUCAGGUGUCUUUCAUCUCUGGUGUGAGCCUUGUAUCACCCAUAACUAAAACUGCACGCUGGUCAUUGCUUUAUGUAAUUACAUGUAUGUCUUUGUUUUUAAAGUAGGUGGGGAUGAUGGAGCAUUUCAAAAGAAUCUCUGUAAAAUAAAAACUGAUCACUCAAUACUUUCAUAUGUCACUUACUUGGGAUAGACAAAAUUGCAAGAAGAUACAUGUACCUGUUGCCCUCCCCCCCCCCCCCCACAACAAAAAUCAUCUCUGUUUCACAAGGGAUUUUGGGAUGGCGAUAUCUUAUUGAAAUGGAGAACAUUGUGUCUCAGGCAUUAUCUUCCUGCCUGUUCAGUAAUUUGGUUGGGUAUCCCACUACUAUCCCUUGAAAAAACUGUGUUUACUUUUUUGGAAUGUUGUAGAGACAGGUUUCUUAUUUGAUGACGGCAAAUAUUGUUUUCAACUCCAAUGCUUUGCUCCUUGCACUUUUAAGUAAUUUAUGGUAAAAAUGUUGUGUCUUGGUACUCUGGAACUUGCAUUAUUGUUUUCGGUGUUCUAAGUUCUGAAAAAUAGACUUUCAUGAAUUGAUAUUCUCAAUCUGAUCUUUAUCAGGGACACAUUAAUUGUGUGAAUUGAUAUUUUUUGUACAUUUACCUACCUUUAAGUUGAAAGAAAAAACCCAGAAUUAUAACAAGUUGAACCCCAGAUGUUUGAUUGUAAUCUUUAUGGCUAUGUGUGUAGGAAAUGAGAAGGCAAUGUUUUAAUUUUUUAAAUUUACAAGAUAUAUUUACAAAUACUAGAAACAUCUGAAAGGUAUAAAAAUUAUAAAUUACAGAUUUUCAUUUUACUCAUAUUGUUAUCAUGUUUCAUUUUGCAUAACCUGAAAUGAUGAAAAUGAAUUCCCCUGAAUAAUACUUUGGUGGUAUGUUAUUGUAUUUUAUUUUUUUCAUUUUUAUUUUUCAUCUUUCAUCUACAUAUCUCAUCUAUAAUUGGCAAUUUUAAAUAGAAAGUUAAUUGGUUCUUUAUAGCAGUGAAAAAACCAGUGAUAUUCAGCAUUCUUUCACUGAUGUUCCUUUAUAAAUGUGAAAUUUGACCGACAAUAAUGAAUCUUCCACUCUACAUGUUUGUGUUCUUAAAUCCAUAGACAACCUGUUUGUACUAGGUUGGAUGUAGUUUUGUCAUUUCUAGUUUGCUUUAUAGUUUUGUUCUGUUUUGAUACAUAAUGCUAGAAAUACAUUGCCAGGAGGUUGACCUUUCAUGCAAACAUGACCUUUGACCUCUAGACUCCCAUUUUGCACACCAAGUACCACUAUUAUUCACUAAUACAUGUACAUUCUUUUUUUGCGAAACUUGUGAAGUGGGAGAUAAAAACUACCAAACGUAUACUUGAAGGGACUUUUAGGAUUGACUUUGAUUUUAACGGGAACUUACCUACACGAAACAAUUUAACUGGACUGACUUUCACCUAGUCAAUCUGUUAAAUGAUGUGGCCAUAAUUUAAUAAAAAGUGUGAUGAUGUUUUUAAAUUUGAUCUUGGUACUUUUAUUUAUAUCUCUGUCUGAUCAAUUAUGAGUGAUUAAAUGUAUUUCAUAACUUUAAAAAGUAAGUGGUCGUAGUUUAACUAUAAUUAUUAUGUUAACUGUUUUAGAGGAAAGUGAGAUUACAAAAGUUGCAAAAAUAAUGUGUUUUACUGUUAAGGCAGUUUCUUAUACAUGUACUCUCUAUUGGAAGGGUGACUUUGCACCAAUGGGUCUACAAUUAAUUGCACACGUUAUAGUAGAGCUUUAUCUAGUAUUUUCAUUAUGUGUAACUGCAUUGCAAGACUACAGUAUAUCUGCAAUGCAUGUCUGUCAUUGAAAGUGAGCCCAUUGUUUUUAUAAUUUGUCACAAGUUGAAAAGAAUCUGGCAAUUUUAACUAGAAAAUUGAUAUUUGUGAUAUGGACUAAAAAAAAGUCUUUGUGUUUUACAUUGUUGUAGUCUUGUUUCAGACUGUAACCUGUAUAAACCAUAAUUGUGAAUCCAAUUGAGUUCUGGAGAAAAGACUACUACUUUCAUGAAAGAGUUACAGUCGUAUGUACUGUAUUAAAAUCUAGCUUUUAAUCUUGCAGUUGGCAACCAUUUUGUGAUUUUGUAUCCGGUGUUGCAUAGGAUCUGAAGGUCGAGACAUUUUAAAAUCUACACUAUAUGUGAAACAACAAAAAAGAUUGAUUAGAUAUGAAUAAAACCACAUUGGAAUCAGAAAGUAA